UAUAUUUCUUUUUAGGGCCAAUGUCUCUAAUCAUGAAAAAUCUCACCAUCAUUACUGAGUUUGUCUUCAUGGGACUUUCCAGGAAUCCUCAGAUCCAGACCAUGCUUUUUGCACUAUUCCUGGUGAUGUACCUCUUAACUCUGAUGGGGAACCUGAUGGUGAUCUUGGUGAUCAGGACUGAUUACCACCUUAAAACACCCAUGUACUUCUUCCUAGGUCACCUGUCAUUUCUGGAUCUCUCCCUAUCUUCAGUAACCAUGCCCAAGAUGCUGCAGAACUUAUUAACUCAAAAGAAAACCAUCUCUACGUGGGCCUGCAUGACCCAGAGUUUCUUUCUCAUGUUCUCUGGGACCACAGAGAGCUGCCUACUUUCUGUCAUGGCCUAUGACCGCUAUGCUGCCAUCUGCCACCCUCUGCUCUACAGUGUGGUUUUGAACAGGCCUCUCUGUGUCGGAAUGGUGAUUGCAGCAUGGGUAAUGGGGUUCCUAAACUCGUUGUCAAACAGUCUUUUCACUUACAACUUACAUUUCUGUGGGCCCAGUGUCAUCCCUCACUUCUGCUGUGAGCUGCCUUUACUCUUCUCUCUAUCCUGCACUGAUCCUGCUGCCAACGAGGCCUUUCUUGCUGGGUCACGUGCAUUGUUAGGAUUUUUAACACUUUCCCUGAUCCUCUUCUCUAAUUCUAGAAUCAUCUCUGCUAUCAUAAGCAUCCAUUCUCCUGGGGGUUAAGGAAAAGCCUUCUCUACAUGUUCCUCCCACCUCACUGUGGUGCUUUUGUUCUAUGGGACAGCUUUAUUUAGGUACAUGAGCCCUCUCUCAGGCUCCAUGUUGGAGCGUGUGGUCUCCAUUCAAUACAGUGUGAUUACAUCCUUGCUGAACCCUCUCAUUUACAGCCUCAAGAACCAGGAGGUGACGACAGCCCUGUGUAGAAUGUUGAAGAAAUAAAUGUGCCUCUUUAUGUAUAAAGGAGUCAUGGUGUGUUUGGUCUGAAGAUAAUGGGAAAACAUAGUCAGGGGAUGAGGUACACUAAUGGCUAACUUGAUCACUUAAAAAAUUUACCAUUUGAUGAAUAUAACCUCUUGGGUAUGCUUUAAGUAUGUGAUUGUUUAUUUUAUUGUAUUUGGUAAAAAAAAAAAUAAAGUGAAGACAAAAAUAGGUACUGGGGUGGAAUAGUGCAGAGUCCAAAUCUGUUUGUCUUGCUCAAGAGUUUUCAAAGUAGUUUGGCGAUCUAAGUAUUAAAACGAAACAAAACACAAAAAGAUGGGCAUGUGAAAGGCAUUUAAGGCAUUUCAAGGUGAGUACUGAGUGAAGAUGAUGUUGAAUCAUGGUGGUUGCUUUAUCCACCUAACCUGGGGGAAACCUAAAAAACUGAUGUGCCUGAUUAGAGUUACUAACUUUCUAGUCGCAAAGACACAGAUUAACAGAGACUACCCUAACCCAUUCAGAGGAACAGGAACUGUUUCAGGUGUGCUGGUGGUGACAUUUUGAGUGUCUGGGAUGGCAUCUGGCUGUUUGGUGACUAGAGAGCUCCUUGGAACCCGAAGUCGUGAAUGUGUAUGCUCUCUCACAAUGAUGUUUUUAUUCCACCCUGAGGAUAUCAAGUCAAUUAAUUCACCUGGUGUCUGACAGUCCCAGUCAGCCAAACCCCUCCUGAGCCCACUGCCGAUUGUUGCUUGACACAUAUUCAAUCAAAUAAACUAAUUUUUUUGUCAGAAAAGAUUCAUGAGUGAGGGGACAAAUAAGCUCAAAACCCAACAUGUAGGCUGAUUCACACGACUCCUUUAAUGAAAUACUUAAUA